CUUGCUACUUCUCUUGGAUGCCAAGCGGUGCAAGCGGCCAGUCUCGAUCAGCCGAUACAUAUAUACUGUAAUUACUUUGAUCAGCGCGCAGUUAAUUUGUGCAACAUUUGUCGUAAAUGUUGUGAUCGAUCAUCCGAUCCGUUAAUUUAAGCUAAUUGCAUCGUGUACUACGUACACAUGAUGAGGACCAUGGCACAGAGAAUAGGGGAGGUAUUGAGUUUUUUGGUUUUAGCUGUAUUCUGCAAGGCGACUAGCGCAAUGCCUACUUGGCGGGCAAGCUUGCCUCACGAAGAAGCCAGCUAUUGCCUGAGCUGGAGGCUGGCGGUGGAGGCCAACAAUGUGCGUCCCUGGCGCACCGUCCCAAUACACUGCUUGGGCUACAUCGAAACUUACAUGAUCGGCGGACAAUAUUUCCGGGACCUCGACUUCAUAAUGGACCAAAUUUUGAGUUACGCUAAUGAGAUCAUUCUGUCUGGGGACGGCAUGGAUGCCUGGAUUCUUGACGUUGACGACACCUGCAUCUCAAACGUCAUUUACUACGGAGGGAAGAGAUAUGGGUGCGACCCAUAUGACCCAGCGGGGUUUAACGCAUGGGCGACGAGAGGAGGGUGCCCAGCGAUUCCCGCGGCGCUAGGAUUGUUUACAAAAUUGGUUGCUGGUGGAUUCAAGGUGUUCCUGCUCACUGGGAGAGACAAAGAGGCCCUGAGCGAAGCCACCAUUGAUAACUUACAGAAAGAAGGAUUUAUUGGUUAUGAACGUCUCAUUUUGAGGACUGCAGCUUAUAAAGGGCAAAGCGCGGUGAAGUACAAGUCAGAAAUCCGAAAGCAGCUUGUCGAACAAGGUUACAGAAUAUGGGGAAAUGUUGGAGACCAGUGGAGUGAUCUUCAGGGUGAAUAUUUGGGCAAUCGGACUUUCAAGCUGCCUAAUCCCAUGUACUUUGUUCCUUGAUCACAAACUGAUCGAUCAAAAUUAAUACUCAAAGCCUCAGAGGCUUUUGUAUCUAGAUUAAUCUUGAACUUCCAAUUAUCAAUAACAAAUAUAAUCCUUUUAUCAAUCA